GGCCACGUAAGUCCUGGUCACUUUGUUCCAUGGCUGACUUGUUUGCUGCAUUUGUAGUUGUUCAAAUUAAUCUGGUUAUUAUUAAAGAACAGCUCGUACUUUAAAAUGCCACAGACAACAUACUUAAUUAUGGUUCAACAUCCGAUGCAUGACAUAUGGUGCGAGAGCUUAGAACUGCGCCUUCUUCGCCAGUCUCAGGGUCUCCAGAAAACUUGCGUACAAUUCCUUCAUGCUGCCCCGAAGGCUCUCAGACACAGCCACGAAUUGGCAACAGGUCCUACCCUGUUCUUCUCACACGAGUCAAGUGCUUCGCAAAGCGUUAUCCUGGUGUGUCGUUUAAUGAAGCGAGACAAGCUGAAGUCUCAGUGCAAGUGGAGAAUUUUGCACGAGCGUCCCUCAGUACUCAUGGAUCCCGAUAAAUCAAACCAUUACCUCCGUUCCCGCAUCCUCGUAGUCUUCCCUUCAACCGUUCUCUAUUCUCUUCACACAAUCCCGGUCCUAGGGCCAUGCCUGUUCGCAACUCAACUCGGCAAUCCAAUACACCUGUGGUCUGGUUGCUGCUGCUUUUUAUUACAACAUGUAUUCGCAGGCAAGAAAAUUGAUACCUGGAGUCCUAGGACCAAUUGCGACACCUUGACCAUCAUGCAUGGUAGAAUAAUAUAUGGGACAUUGGACGAGGGAUUGAAAAAGUAUCCUUUGGCCAACCGUCGACGCGUCAACCUUGCGUGUAUCCUACAGGACGAUCAGCAUCGUGUGUGCAUUGCCCGAACCAGCUGGCAGAUAAUUCACUGGACCGUCACGUGUGGUGGUCACUGGUCAAUGCCAAUGGACACAACGUGCCUCCGCCCCAUGAUUAACCGACAGUGUCCACCUACAAAAGUGUCUGCUGUUCUUACCACCAGGAUCAAUCCACAAUCCUCACAGAUUUGGCGAUGAAUAUCCCCAUGACACUGUUAAGUUCAAGUCCGCUGUGGAUGCGAACGCAGGCGCACAACGAUGUGCCCACAGCUCUCAAAUAUUUAAAGGAUACU